AUGCCCAAACAUCCUCGACGUGCUGAGUAUGGAGCAACGCCUGCAAUCAGCAAGAUUUCUAGCAUCGUCUCCGCUGCAUGGCAAUUGAAUUCUGGUACAAGAGGAGCCGAGGAUGAGUGGAACACAGAGGUCCAAUAUCAGCUACUCAAGAUUGCUCUUGAGACAAGUCGGCAUUCGAAGGCGCUCUCCAUCCGUUCCGUGGAAACUGCUCGUAUCGACCCUCCGGCGCUCUGUAACCACAACCUCCCUGGCCGGGUCAUUGACUAUGUUGUGUGCCUCCAACCUGACUCGGUCAUGUCAAGCGCCUACCGGUCCCUCCGGCCCUUGGCUUCGAAUACGGUCAUGUCCUGGAACCACGUCACCUACGGCAAACCACAAAUUGGGAUCUGGACGAACGCGUGGCUGCGGCAAUGCGAGCUACUAUGGGAGGACGGCUGGACUGCGCCCGCAGCUAUGCACAAAGACUGGCCAGCGAUACCAGUGCCCAUCUCACAAGGUCAUGAUUGGCACUUGCUAGUUGUCACCAAGACUAAUGAAAAAUUGGUCUUUAGGGAGCAGAUAGUGAUUGGGAGUACCCGGAACUGCUUUGAUGCCCUUAAGGUCGUGGCUGUGCUACAUUGGCUCUUGAACUGGGCUUAG